AUGUGCUUGUCUACGCUUGUGUGUUGGCCGCGCUGCGAGUCCCGUGAGAUGCACCGGUGUUCGCCCAGCUAUGGCGCGCGUACAGGUGUGGUCUCGUGUACUUACGGUGCACACAGCUGCGCACAGUCUCCCGCGAUGGCGGCCGCUGGACGCAGAGGGCAGAAACCCCCCCGCGUACGCCAAGUGACUGCAGAACGCGCAUUUCUCUGGCGAAGAUCAGCAGAAAAAAGUCCCUCCAGGAUACGUUCGCACGGGUGCGGCUCAUAUAAAACCUAUGCUGUGUAUGCCACGACAGAACGUGUUUUUCUGAAGGCUUUCUCUAGCCAGAGGGAACUAAGGCCAGACCCAUUCAAUCGAGACAUCGCUCACGCGCGACGGCCAGCGGCCGCACGCGGCCUGCUGUUGUCUGCUGCAUCCACGUCAGACUCUAUAGGAGCAUCCGCGCGCAUCGGCACCGUUCGUCUUCCUAGCCUCGCUGAAACCUCGCUCUUUCUUUUCCUUCACAUAGGAGCAGCCGCGCGCAUCGGCAACGUUCCACUUCCUAGCCUCGUUGACAAUCUGGUCCGCGCUGACAUUACACCUACGUGGCACCGUUCACCGCCGCCUCAGCCCCAAGGUCUUCAGUACUGGUACUAUCAGACACCCCCUGCUCUACUGCCCUGUCCUGCUGCUGUGGCCAUGCAGUACAGCAGCGCCUGA